UCAAGUUUUUUCGCUCUUUUGGGCGUAAAGUAGUCGUCUGCUAUUCUUCAUGAGGUCAUCAUUUCAUUUCUAUUACUUUGACAAAUGAUGUGAACSUGAAACAGAGCAAUCAAGUUCAGAAUUACAAAUAACAAGAAACUCAGACCGCCCCGAUCUGAAUAAAUACUGAGUGUGUCUCCUGCCUCCUCAGUCUAAAACCAUGCUCUUCUCUAGCUCCAAGUUCUGUAAGUGAAGCUGUUGGAGAAAUGAUACUGUGACUUUCUAUUGAUGUUGUUUGCAUUUGGAAAAUGAUUUAACUUGCAUUGUUUUUUUUUCAGUGCUGGCAGCAAGCUGUCUGUUUGUGCAUGCAGGCAGUCCAGCAGAGAUGGUCACCACCUGUGAAGAGUGCAUGCCUCAUCGACUGAGCUGUGAACCAGAUGGAGUGAUCAGUGUUCAGACCUCACUGUACGGACGUGCAGACAGAGUGACCUGCAGCGAGGGGAAAAGCCAGAAAGUAGUUCUCAACACCCACUGCUCUUUGGUGGGCGUCGUUGAUCAAGUCAAGAAAAGAUGUAAUGGAAAAAAAGUGUGUGAACUGAGCUCUAAGAUCUUCAGAGGAUCUGAUCCCUGCAGGGGCACUGCCAAGUAUCUGCAGACCACCUACACCUGCCUCCCAGCUUUUCAUCUGAAGACGUGUGAGCACUCCUUGGCUCACCUGCAGUGUGCUGCAGGACUGGUCAUCUCUGUCUACGGAGCUGAUUAUGGGCGCAGAGACCAGACCACAUGCAGCUUUGGGCGCCCGUACUCGCAGAUCAAAAACACGGCCUGCUCAAGCCCCUCCAGCAAAGUUUCUGACAGCUGCCAGGGGAAAAACAGUUGUGUUAUCAGAGCCUCAAGCUCUGUGUUUGGAGACCCCUGUCGUGGAACAUUCAAGUACCUGGAGGUGGCUUACACCUGUCAGUUUCCUCAGUACAUUUCAAACCAUGUGUAAACACACACACUUAAGUUCCUGCUUUUUUUGAAAUAAACAAAAAAUAAAAAUCAGCUGUGUUGUGUUAUUAACCAACGAUCACGUCUUCAGUUCUCU